UUCACCAGCGUGACCGGCAGCUGGCCAUCGUCGCUGCCAAUUCAACCCCAGUAGACACCACCACCAACACACGCGCCCUUUCGCUUCCACACGCUCCUUCUACUUCCUGACCGCGAGCUUUGCAGGGAAUGAGGGGUUGGGCACAGCAGGCUCUGGGCUUUGUCGCGCGAUAGUUUGCCAGCUUGCGCGUGAACAAGCGUCACCAUUGUGCACGACCACGCUGCAGGGAACAAAGCCUGUCUCUCGUGCUCUAUUCUUUCGCACCACCAUGAGUCCAAUUCAGCAGCUGCAGUCAGCCCGCGCGCUCGCCUUGGGCGAUGGGAGAUACUACCCUACCAUCAUCCCGGGCGUGCUGCCCAUCAUAAGCUUCAGUGCAGACCAAAGCCUCGAGGUACAACGAUGGGGCGCAGACUUCUUGGCCGAAGCCUUCGCGUCCCCAGCGUGGACGUCAGACGUGAAGGAGAACAGCGCGCCGUCGGUGCUGGCUACGCUGAAGGACUAUUUGGAGAAUAUCGACGACAUCAGCGUCGUCAAAAGCGCCAUACAAGCGGCUGCAAGUGUGUACCCGCUUGUCUACAGACAUACUGUUCACAACUCCAACGAUGCCCAAAACUGGCAGCUCAUGUCAGCUAUCAAAGCGAAUAUUCUGCGACGAAUGGACUCGGCCCUGCCGGGCGUGCGCGUGUGCUGCGUCAAGCUCCUUCAGCAGGUCGUGCUGGUACAGACACCAGGCGUAGUCGACCCACGGCGACCGGACCACAGCGAUAUCUCCCUCGCCCUCGUACCCCGCGACCACCCCGUCAUAUCGUAUGUGAGCCUCGAGGCUGAAGGGCAUGGACUGCUCGAUCGCUUGUUGGAUAUCAUACAUGGAGAUCACAGUGAUGGCUUGCUCGUCACAGCAACGCUCAAUACGUUGGGCGUGCUGAUGCACCGACGCCCUAUUGCUGUAAAUAAGAUACUGACUAGCAUCUUCAACUUCAAUCCCUUCAAGCUGGCCAGCGCCCCUCUGACGCCCAGGAACAAAGUCAUCAUGAAAUCAAUUGAGCGCACAACAAGAUCACUAAUGAUGAACAUCAUGAAGAGGGACCCUCAAAAUCCUAUCAACGGCAGGAUCCAACAAUUCCUUGAACGUAUGCACCGUAUGCGCAUUGAGAUGGUUGACGAGGUCAACCGCAAGCGACCAGCUCCCAGUGAGCCGACUGAUGGCCUUGAUCAAGCCAAGAGGCAGCGAGUAGCCACAGGCGCACCCCCUGCCGUAGCCCCAGAGCCCCUACCUACUGCGCCCCCACUGCCACCAGGACCAGUGAGCUGGCGCCAGCUAUUUACACUAAACCCUGCGGGUAGUACAGUGAACUUUGACGUGCAGGCCUUUAGAGAUCCGGAACAGCUGGUGAGGAUAUUGGUACCUGUUCUACAGUCAGUGGACAAUGUCAAGCUGGGCCAUGCUUUGAAUAUCGUACGUUCUCGAUACUUGAGUCUCAGCCAGGCUACUCGUGGUUCUCAAACUACAGGUCAUGCUGCUGAGGACGAUGAGGAGUAUGAACCCGACUUCGAACCUGAAGAUGCAGAACAGAUCAACAACAGACUCGAUGGCCUCUCGCCAUCUGAUCUAGCGUUUCAACCUGGACCAUCAGCAGCACUAGCGCCGUACACACUUCCCGAGGCACCUCCACUGACAGAACAAGAGGUUCAGCGAUAUGGUGAUAUGACUGUGUACCGAGCGUUUGGCAUGCUCGGCAGCAUCGAUGACGCACAAAAGAGCAAGAUCGCCAAAGGAGGGUUCAACAGAUUGGCAGCGAGCGACUAUGGCCGCGACGCGUGGGUGACGAUACUUUCACGAUUGGCUACACGGGCCAGUGCUGGCCUCGAGGAUCCUCAGGAAGGCAUCAAAGACGAGCAUGCCAUCAACAACGCGAAAGGAACUCUCAGCAUCAGCGACACCGUGCGAGACGGUAUGUACAACUACAUUAUCUCUGACUGGAAAAAGCGCAUCGACGUUGCUACGCUGUGGCUGAACGAAGAAUGGUACAACGACACCGUACUAGCCCAGUCAAAGGACGUCGCCACCAACGGCACCGCCAACGGGGACACUUUCACAUCCGUGCUCAAUGCGCCGAACGGCAACUACCAACGCUGCGCACUCCGCCUCAUCGACGGUAUCUUACCGUACGUCGAGCACACCGACAAAAUCAUCCUCCGCUUCCUGUCCGAGGUCCCCGCGCUCAACUACGAGCUCCUCAUACGGCUGAAAAAGAUGGCCGAGGAUCCCGAACGCAUUGAUCUGGCAUGCAGUGCGCUGCACUACCUCCACAUGUUCAGGCCCCCGGUGCGGGACAUCGUCGUCAACGUCUUGACCGAGAUCUACCAAACAAACGACCGCGCGAGACCAAGCGCGAAGAAGCUGCUGGCCAGAUGGAAACCGGAGGUUCUGAGCGCAGAGGAUGCGCCGCCGGUCAAGACCGAGGGUGCGCAGGUCGCGAAGGAGAGUGCGAAUGGCGCGCUGGAGGUCAAGGCCGCGUCGUAGGACAGCGAUGUAGGGCCGAGACGCGCAUGGAACGACGGGGUUGCUUUCGAUAUAUGUAUACCCACCAGACUUGCCUCGGCAAUACUUAUUUUAAGGGCGUAGCGGUUGCAUGGGACGGUUUGCUGCAUUGUCUGGAUGUGCGGUCGGGACUGCUUUGGAAAUUACUAUAUAUUCCAUCUAACUUGAAAUUCUGAUGUUCGGAUGUCAGUCAAUUGCAAUCUUGUGUGCAAAACUGCCUUGAGGCUGGCCAUGUCAUAGCGUUUGAACACGACGUACGAUUUGGGCGAAUCGCCCUUCGGAGCGCUGUACUACGGAUCACUCGAG